GGACUGAACGUUCGCACGAUGCCACUCUGCCACUGUGCAGUAAAACACAGUGAAUCAGGCAUGGAGAGGUGCCAUUUUUUACCUGCUGGAGGCCUGAGGGUAUUCUUGCAUUGGAAGGGUGAGGCAGAGGAGCAAUAUCAGACUUACAUGAAAGGGACUCGUUGUGCUGAAGAGAUCUGCAUUGAUAUUGCACAGAAGAUAGGAAUCACACCAAUCUGCUUCAGUUUGUUUGCACUCUAUGACCCACAGACCAAACUGUGGUUUCCUCCCAACUAUGUCUUUGAUGUUGAUAGUGGCAUCAAGAUGACUUUGCAUUUUCGUAUGAG